CUACGCUACAGCCACGUUUCCCGUGCUUUUUCUGCUUAUUAUGUUUGUUCGAGGUGUGACACUUGACGGGUACAAAGAAGGACUCAACUACUUCUUUAAACCUGACUGGAGUAAACUUUCCGACAUGGCAAUAUGGUCUAGUGCCGCUAGCCAAGCUAUGUACUCCAUGGGGACGGGCUAUGGGGCACACAUAGUCCUUGCUAGCUACAACGAAUUCCAUAAUAACACUUUCAGGGACGGCAUUAUUCUUUGCAUCAUCAACACUGCGACAAGUAUCUUCGGAGGGAUUAUAGUGUUUUCUUUCCUAGGUUAUGCCUCAGUGAAGAAUAAUCAACCAAUGUCGGAAAUAGCUGACAAUGGACCUGGAAUGAUAUUUAUUUCUUACAUACAAGGGAUAUCCGAGCUACCCGGAUCGGCAUUCUGGGCGUUCCUGUUCUUCGUAAUGGUUUUUACACUUGGGGUUGAUUCACUCUUUGUGUUGGUGUGGACAAUAUACGCUUCGUUGGAAGACAUAUUCCCUGAGAAAUUCUUUCGGUGGAAAAAGUUCAUAUUAUGUUCGAUCUGCCUUGUUCAUUAUUUGUUGUGCCUACCAUUAGUGACGGAGGGUGGAAUUCAUAUCGUGGUUCUAAUGGACCAGUAUACAUCCAACCUGAGUUUAGCGCUUUUCUUGCUUCUCGAGGCUAUAACGGUAUGCUGGAUAUAUGGACUCAAGAAGUUCGUUGCUGACAUGGAGCUGAUGGUUGGGAAAAGAUUCAUCUGGAUGCAGUGGUAUCUCCGGGUCACAUGGCUCACCACUGUCCCAGCCUUUUGUUUAUUUCUAUUCUUCGCGUCUGCCAUCAGUUAUCAACCGUCCUCCUACAGUGAACAGGAAGUGACGUCAUCUGGGGAAGCAGUCGGCUGGCUUAUUACAAUAACCCCUAUUCUGAUCACGUUGGCGUUCGCCGUCAUGCACAUAUUUAGACAUCGCACUCCGGGAAAAUCCUUCAAAAGCUUAAUCCGCGAGGCGACCGUUGAAGGCUCAAGAUGGGAACCAAGAACACCCGAAGACAGAGUCGGAACUCGCUACGAUGACAACAUCUAUAUCCGGCCCGUCACAAGCAACGCCUAACGCGGAGAACAUGGGAAAGAGUUGUGUGUCUACGCAUGUGCGUGUCCGUGUGUGUGUGUGGCAUAUUGGUACAUCAUAAUAUCCCUGUCCAUUCAGCUAAUCUGUCAGUAUGUUGGCACAUUCUUAUAGUCCUGUCUUGCUGCGACUCUGCAAAUAUUUAAGCACAUUUUAAUAGUCCGGUCUUUGCAACAACUCUGCCAAUACCUGGUCACGUUUUUAAAUUCCUGUCCUUUCAGGAACUUUGUCAAUAUUUUGGCAUAUUAUAAUAUUGAUUUCUUUGCAGCGACUCUGCCUGCCUGUGUUUCCACAUUCUAAAAUUCCUGUUCCUGCAGUGACUCUGUUAUAUUUUAGCAACUCUGCUUAUGUGGUUAUGGAUUUAAAUAUUCCUGCCCUUGCAACGACCAGGGGCGUUCCUGAUGCACUUUGAAAUGGUAGCCAAUAUGAUUAAGUAAGGCUUGGAAAUGUGAAAGUCUUUCAUGAAGGUUGCCUCCAACUGCUAUAUGGGGUGUUGUAUUACAUAUAAACUUGUCUUUAUUGCAUGAUUGUUAAUAUGUUAUUAUGUACUUCACAUAUAUUGCCUGAAGGAUCCACAUACUAUAAUCGAAUGACUGAGAAAAGUAGUAUAUAUCAAUUGUUUGACCAUUUUAAAACCAUUAAGCUUGAUUAUCCGGAUAUUUUAUUGUUUUGUCCAGGGAUUUUAAUUUACGUUCGAGAGACUUUUUAGAUUUUAUCCCAAACGAUAAUCUUGACUUUAUAUUUGGUGACGUAGAAUACGAGGGAAGUAAUUUUGAAAUUCCACGAAACAACAAAGAUAUUAUUCGAGGGAAC